GAUGGGUACAGACAGCAGCCUCAGAGCACCCAUCUAAUAUGGAGACUACAAAGGCAGACAGCAGGCGCAAUCCUUUGGCCACUGCCAGCUUUUUUUCAAGGGUCUUUUUGUGUUGGUUAAACCCCCUGUUACAGCUUGGCCAAAAACACAGGCUCGAGAAAGGUGACAUGUACAGUGUCCUUCCGGAGGAUCGGUCUGAAACCCUGGGAGAGGAGCUGCAGAGAUGUUGGAACGAGGAAGUAAAAAAGGCUUCAAAGGAACUAUGGAAGCCGCAGCUCUCCAGGGUUCUUAUAAAGUGCUAUGGAAAGUCCUAUGCAUUAGCCGGCCUAUUUGAAUUUUUUCUGGAGGCAAUCAAAGUGAUCCAGCCACUUCUUCUGGGAAAAAUAAUCCUUUUCUUUGAGAAUUAUCACCCAGAUGAUCAGAGGAGUCUUUGCAUGGCGUAUGUUUACGCUGCUGCGAUGUCCAUCUCCACAUUUGGACUGACUAUCCUCCAACAUCUCUACUACUAUCAUGUCCAAAGAACAGGCAUGAGGAUUAGAGUGGCUAUGUGUCACAUGAUCUACAGGAAGGCUCUUGGUCUCAGCACUGAAUCCAUCGGACGAACAACCACCGGUCAAAUAGUGAACCUACUUUCAAAUGAUGUUAAUCAUUUUGAUGAGAUUACACUCAGACUGCACUACUUGUGGGCGGGACCUCUGCAAGCAAUGGUGAUCAUCGUUUUCCUUUGGUAUGAGAUCGGCCCCUCGUGCCUGGCAGGUGUGGCAACAAUUGCAGUUAUGAUGCCGAUACAGACCUGGUUUGGAAAACUCUUCGGCAUCUUCAGGAGCAAAACAGCAGUCCUUACUGACAGCAGAAUCCGUAUCAUGAAUGAAGUGGUGUCUGGCAUAAGGAUAAUCAAGAUGUAUGUCUGGGAGAAAUGGUUCUCAGCCCUGGUGACUGAAGUUAGAAAGAAAGAAAUCAGUCGGAUAUUAAAGAGCUCCUACCUACGAGGACUCAACAUGGCUUCCUUCUUUGCCAGCAGCAAGCUCAUAAUCUUUGUUACCUUCACGGUCUACACUCUUUUGGGGAACACCAUGACUGCCAGCCAGGUGUUUGUCACCAUGUCCCUGUAUGGUACAAUUAAGGUCACCCUGACCCUGUUCUUUCCUCUGGCCAUUGAGAAGUUGUCAGAGACUGUAGUGAGCAUUCGCAGGAUUAAGAAUUUUCUCCUACUGGAAGAGAUUGAGAGAAAAAACAUUAUGUUGCCUUUGGCGGAAAAGGGGGGAAACUCUAUUGAGAUCGAGAAACUGACCUGCUACUGGGAUAAGAGUUUGGAUGCACCAUCUCUUCAGAAUGUUUCCAUCACAGCAAAGUCACAUCAACUUCUGACUGUAAUCGGACCAGUGGGGGCCGGAAAGUCAUCCCUGCUAAGUGCAAUCCUGGGAGAGCUUCCUCGUGAUACAGGCACACUGAAGGUCAAAGGUCAGCUAACCUACGCAUCCCAGCAACCGUGGGUGUUCCCUGGAACCAUUCGCAGCAACAUCCUUUUUGGGAGAGAACUUAACCCAAAGAAAUAUGAGCAGGUCCUUAGAGCCUGUGCUCUGAAGAAGGACCUGGAGAUGUUCCCAGAUGGAGACCUAACACUGAUUGGAGACAGAGGAGCCACACUCAGUGGUGGACAGAAAGCUCGUGUAAACCUGGCGAGGGCUGUGUAUGAGGAUGCAGACAUCUACCUCCUGGAUGACCCUUUAAGUGCUGUGGAUGCAGAAGUUGGAAAACAUCUUUUCGACAAGUGUAUCUGUGGCUUGCUGAAGAACAAGUGUCGUAUCCUGGUCACACAUCAGCUGCAACAUCUGAGGGAAGUUGACCAGAUCCUGGUCCUGAAGGAGGGUCAAAUCAUGGUCCAGGGAAGCUACAGUGAGCUGCAGUCCUCUGACCUCGAUAUGGUGUCCCUGCUGAGACGUGAUGAGGAGCAGGAGCAAUUGUCUCCAUUUGCUGACCCAGAAAAACUGUCUUUACAAAGUCGGUGGACAAAUGAUUCUCACAGUUCACACUGUUUCCUCAACUGCCCCCUUCCACCAGAAAGCACCUACACUGAGCAUCUUCCUGUUGAAGCUAUUCAAACUAUUGCAGAGGAGACACGAGCUGAAGGAAAUGUCAGCAGUCACAUUUAUUUUACAUACUUCACGGCAGGCUGUAGCCUUCUGGUUUUAAUGGUUAUAUUAUUUCUUAGUAUUCUAGCUGAGGUGGCAUAUAUCCUUCAGGACUGGUGGUUGGUAUACUGGGCAAGAGAUGAUUUUACAAACGGCACAAACAGCAGAGUCACUGCUGUUAGCCUUAAAAGUGGAAUGAAUGUUACUAGUUCAUACCAAGAGUUUAAUCUCUUUUACCUCAGCAUUUAUUCAGGUUUGACAGCAGCAGCUGUGGUCUUUGGUUUUGCCAGGAGUUUGGUGAUAUUUCAUGGGCUGGUGAGAUCAGCUCAGACUCUUCACAACAGCAUGUUUAGUGCUGUGCUCCACACUCCUGUUAGCUUCUUUGAUGUCAACCCCAUAGGAAGAAUACUCAACAGGUUUUCCAAAGAUGUCAGCCAAAUGGACUCCGUGCUACCUAUCACCUUUGUGGACUUCUAUCAAUUAUUUUUACAGAAUGUUGGCGUUAUCGCGGUGGCAGCCUCAGUUAUUCCUCUCAUCCUCAUCCCUGUUGUGCCUCUCCUGUUAAUCUUUCUGUAUUUGAGGAGCUUGUACCUUCGUACCUCACGUGAUAUCAAACGCCUUGAGUCAACAACUCGGAGUCCAGUUCUCUCACACCUGUCCUCUUCCCUUAAUGGUCUUUCUACAAUCAGAGCUUCCAGAUCAGAAGAGACGUUAAAGAAAGACUUUGAUGCCCAUCAGGACCUUCACUCAGAGGCCUGGUUUUUGUUCCUGAUGACCUCCCGCUGGUUUGCACUACGCCUCGACAGCAUUUGCUCCAUAUUUAUUACCCUCACAGCAUUUGGCUUGAUAUUACUCAGAGAUGGGCUGGUGGCUGGAGAGGUAGGCCUGGUUCUUACCUAUGCUGUGACACUGAUGGGAAACUUCCAGUGGACAGUGAGACAAAGUGCCGAGGUGGAGAACAUGAUGACAUCAGUGGAGAGGGUGGUGGAGUACACUGAGCUAAAGAGUGAAGCACCCUUAGAAACUCAGAAGCGUCCUCCCCCUGAUUGGCCGAGCCAAGGAAUGAUAACCUUUGAUCGAGUGAACUUCUUUUAUAGCAAGGAUGGACCACCGGUCCUCAAAGACAUCAACGCCACGUUUCAACCCAAAGAGAAGGUUGGUAUUGUGGGUAGAACAGGAGCGGGGAAAAGCUCUCUGGUCUCGGCUCUGUUUCGCCUGGCAGAGCCCCAGGGAAAGAUCUACAUCGACGGUAUUGUGACCUCUGAGAUUGGCCUACAUGACCUGCGCCAGAAGAUGUCCAUCAUUCCUCAGGACCCAGUUCUCUUUACUGACAGUGUGAGGAAGAACUUGGACCCUUUCAACCAGCACACUGAUGAAGACCUAUGGAAAGCUCUGGAAGAGGUACAGAUGAAGUCUGUGGUGGAGGAGCUGCCUGGGAAGCUGGAGACUGUCCUGGCUGAGUCAGGCUCCAACUUCAGCAUGGGCCAGAGGCAGCUGCUGUGCCUGGCCAGAGCAGUCCUGAGGAAGAACCGCAUCCUCAUCAUCGAUGAAGCCACAGCUAACGUGGACCCGAGGACAGACGAGCUGAUCCAGAAAACCAUACGAGACAAGUUCAAAGAAUGCACAGUGAUCACUAUCGCGCAUCGCCUCAACACCAUUAUAGACAGUGACCGCAUACUUGUUCUGGAGAGUGGGACCAUCCAGGAAUUCGACCACCCCUUUACCCUGCUGCAAAACAAAGAAGGUGCUCUCUACAGGAUGGUGCAACAGAUGGGCCAGGCUGAGUCAGCAUCUCUACUGGAGUCAGCUAGACAGGCAGCACAGAGGUCCUGAAAGUCUGUGGGCAGUGAAGCGUGACUGUUGUGCCUAAGAACUGGAAGCCUUCUACCACUUUGCUAACUUGUACACUUGGAUCCUAGAACAGUAGAACCACCGUGGGUUUAAAUUGGACGCCCUUGGUAUUUUUAAAUAAAUGUCUAACUACUAAAAGAAAUCACUGCCGUCUCUGAUCCAUGGCUUACACCUAAAUGAAAAAACACAACAAUGAUCAUUACAAAUGAUAAGGAUCAUUUAUACCACGAACCUUCCAGGGGUUAUAUUUACCCCUUUUUUUGAAAUGCUGAGCUCUACAAUUGUGCUACACUUGGUUGCCUUGCAGUGCUUAUUGGUUACAUAUUUUAAUAACCACUCUCCUAUCCGAUGACCCAUAGCUAAGAGGAUUAGCUGACAACACAAACAGAUAGGAAGCUAGAGUUCUAUAGAAAGAUUAAUAUUUAUUGCAGAAUUUAAAGGGGUUGGGAUAUUGAGGGAACAGGGAGCAGGUCAGAAAGGUUGACUGGGCAGGUUGCUGCCUAUGCAAACCAGAUAAAGCUGAAUCUUAAAUGUCCAGGAGUCCAGGGCUGAAAACUGGGGCUGGAGCAGACUGUGUGGUGGAUCAUCCAGAGCUUAUGUCUUUUUAGUAGUCUUGACUAUAGGAUGGGAUGAUGGUGGGGCUCUACUCCAACUGACUCUUUAUUGUGCUUAGUUGACAGUGUUGUCUUCUGCUACUCUAUAGUUCAAGGUUCACUAUCUUGGUGUCAGGUUUCCAUUUAGCAGCAGUAAUAAUGUAGUAGCCACAAUGGCCCUGCUGUGGUGAAAGAGUUUAGGUAUACUUACAACAGUCUAUGUAAAUUCUGGAAGUAAAUGCCUAAAUUUAUAUCUAGCUACUGGCUCUAACACGAAUUCUCUCCUUUGAAGUAACCAGUGAAUUUUCCUCCAUUAAUGCUGUUCAUAAUUCUAACAGCAAACCUCUUGUGACUCUUCAUUAACUAAGGAGCUGAAGCUAGAUGGUAGUUUGUGUAGCAUAAAGACUGGAGAUGGGUAAAUGGACUGGUUCUCAUAUAGUGCUU